UGCUUGGGUACAGCCAAGCCGCACCUCUGAUGACUAACAGGCAGUGCUCUCUCUCUUUGAUACACUAUCAGCUGGGUUUAUCAGAGUAUCAACACAACCUCCCCACUCCAGGCCUCGCCCCUUCUGGCCAGCUCCCUCUGCAGAGCAGGCAGGGGCUGCAUGAGAGCUGAGCUCACCUCUUAUUCCAAGGAAUCUUAACAGCAGGUUUUAAGCUACUUAUUUACUUUUUUUGGUCUGUACAGGAAGUCUGAGCUAAAAAAAAAAAAAAAAGAAAAAAGAGACAGAAGUAUAAUUGCUUUGGCACGCCUGCAUUCCUACUUCAGUCAGACGGGCAGGCACUCUUUCUUGUCGGAGCCAGGAAGUGGAUCUGAUCCCUGAAGAUCAUUGCCACGAACGUGCGUAAGUGAAACCUGCAGCCAUGCUGAAACAGAUAUUAUCAGACAUGUACAUCGAUCCGGAGCUGCUGGCAGAACUCAGCGAGGAGCAGAAGCAGAUCCUCUUCUUCAAGAUGAGGCAGGAACAGAUCAGACGGUGGGAGGAAAGAGAAGCUGUGGCAGAAAAGAUUUCAGCAAAGAAGCCAUUGCCAAGAAAAGGCAACAGGAAGUCAGUGACAUGGAAACUAGGUGCUGACAAUGAAGUAUGGGUCUGGGUGAUGGGCGAGCAUCCUUCAGAUAAAUCUUAUGCAGCCAUCUGUGAAGAGAUCCAGGCACAAAGAGCAAAGCGCUUAGAGAGAGAGCAAGGCCAGGAGGGCAGAGAGACUGACUCUUCUGCAACAUGGUCUCUACACCCACAGCCAGGACUUCUGUCUGAGACAGAUCUUCCUGGGAAUAAAAAGAACACUGUGGAGAAAAGGGAAGAACAUGGAAGAAGAAUGACUGAUACUGAUACAACAGGGAAAAGUCAGGAGCUCACAAAGAGGGGAACCAGAAAUGUUCACCAGAUGCUGGCAGAUUGCCAUUUGAGGAAGCAUAGUUUCCAACAGAUGAAGGAAGCACAGAGGAAAAAUUCAGAAGAAAUCACUGCCCCCCAGGACGCAAUACCACAGAGCCACACCAGCACAGAGAGCCAGAGAAUGCUGCAGAAAUUGGAUGAGAAUGAGCCUGAAUGGCAGGAAUUCUUGAGGAAAUCCAAGGCAGCAGAUGAGAAGAGACGCUCCCUUGCACGGCAAGCCAGAGAUGACUACAGGAGACUUUCACUGCAGGGCACCCGCAGAGGGAAGCAUGCCGAUAUUUCCAAGGGUGGCACUGUAGGAGAUCGGCGACCACUUCAGUAUCCACCUCUUCCCCCCAAGCCUAAACUUCCACCUCCUGCAACGGCAAAUGGGAGAGCAAUUAGGAAAGAGGGAGUCCAGCGGACAAUCUCCAAUUCCACAGAAGAAAGCAUCAUCAAGUGGUUCAAAGAGGAGCAAUUCCCUUUCCGAGCUGGCUAUCUGAAAACCACAGACACAAUAGCACCUUGGUUCCAUGGUAUCCUAACCUCUAAGAAAGCAGAAGAGCUUCUGAGUAAAACAGUACCAGGGAGUUUUCUGAUCCGGGUCAGUGAGAAAAUCAAAGGCUACGUGCUCUCCUAUCGGUCUGUGGAAGGAUGUAAACAUUUCCUCAUUGAUGCCUCCAGUGAUUCCUACAGCUUCCUUGGAGUGGACCAACUGCAACAUGCAACACUGGCUGACCUUGUAGACUACCACAAGGAUGAGCCCAUCACUUCCGUGGGAAAGGAGCUGUUGCUUUACCCAUGUGGCCAAGAGGACCAAGAGCCAGAUUACAUCUCUCUCUUUGAGUAAACGUCUCCAUCUCACUGGACAGCCCCAGACUUGUAUUCACAAAGAACUUGGAACUGAACUUGGAACUAGAGCUGCUGAUACUUACCUGAAACCUAAGUGCCUCUAUUUUGUAUCAUUCACAACAAAGCAGUAGGAGGAUAAAUAUUGUUGCGAGCUACAGGAUGCAUCAGCCCAGCAAGCUGCAAGGCAGCUGGAUACAUCCCACAAAAUGGAGAGAAUGAGCUGAUGAAGUAAUCAGUUGAACAGGGAGAUACUGCCCUGGAUUUUCAGUGGGUUUUUGUAGGUUUCUUGGGGGACUUCUCUAUCCAAGAUGCCUUUUGUUCUUGAAUGCAAGGUUCCCAUCUGCGAAAUAGAUUAGUACCUACAGUUUAAGGUAUAUGAGAUUAUACCUUCCUGAAGGCACAAAACAAUUUGGAGAGGUGAAUCAGUGUUGAUAUGUAAUUUGCAUAAUGUGAAGCUUAAUUCUAUAAAAUGCUGUGUCCGUGGAAGGAAGGAUGUCCAGCCAAACAUCCAAGCAAAUGCCUUUCAGUGAAAGGUGCUCUUUAUGACAAGAGAUUUGCACACACGAAGAGUGCAUUUUUAAAACGCCUCUAGCCUCUGAAUAUAUAUCCUCACUCUUUUAACCUGUAUUUAGCUCCCACACAGGCCUUUCUGCAUUGAGAGGGAUUAUCCUUUGUGAAAAGGAAAGGAGACAGGACAGAGGCAUUUGUAUGAAUGACAAUCACAUGUACAGAGCCUAAAAAUGUAAAAAGGAACACCUAUAUCAGUAUUAAUACAGUUUACAGAAGAGUUUUUGCCAGUAAAGAAUGCUGUUUUCCAAAAUGAAGUUGUGCCCCAAUUACUGAGAUGCAUCUGGUGUAAACUUCAUCAUAGAACUUGUUAAUUCAACAUAAUAUUCUCUCUUCUUAUCUGUUACAAUGCUCUUUAAAUACAUCAUUCAGAAGACUGGAGGACAGCCUGGACAGAAUCACAUAACAAAUUAGUCUUCAUCCAGGUUCCCUCAUGUUGUUGCACAUGACAAACUCUGCAGCUGAGGGUUGUGGUGUGAAUCUGCAAACAUCAUUUUUAGAGGCACAAUCCUCAAGCAGUUGAUCUUGUUUCAGUUGUUUACCUGAUUUUACCUGUUCUCUUUUUUCUGUUAUAUCAGGGCUAUUCCACUUAACUUGAAGAAGCAGUCAAAACUUUCAGUCUUACAUUAAUCUGGGUUUUGCAGAAUUUAAAGAAAUUGUGAUCAUCUGGUCUUAACAUUUACAAUGCUGUAAAGACUAUGCUGACAGGUGGUUUCCAUUCCAGGAAAGAGGGGAUAACUGCAUUCCAGUUACAGCAGGUAUCACUUGCUAGAAAUAAAGCCUUAAUGUAAAUUGACAUUCUGAACAUAAAGACACUCUGCCACUGCAAAUGACUUAAUGAGCUUCUUGAGAAAUACAUCGCAUGUAUCAGAGACAAUUUCAAUAUAAUCUACAUCAACCAUGAGAAAGGCUGUUUGAUUAUUUGUAGGAGGGGAAACAUCCCUCCUUCCCUCUUAUGAACUCUUUCUUUUAAAAAUAUGGUCAAAAUGAAAGGUCUUUCAGAAAGCAUCUGUUUUCUUGUGAAGAAUGUGACAUAGCUGAUAUCUUGCUGUAGACAAAUUGUGAAGUGUUGGUAAAGCAAACACUGUGGGUUGGUAAAGACAGAGGAAAAGUAUGGUCUAAAAAGCAUACUUUGAGAUGCAGGGUGUUAACUUGCAAAAUAAGAUGCAGGCUGAUCUGGCAUAGCAGGACGUAAUCAAUUUUAACUCUAAGAUUUUUAAUAAAACUCCUGAGGGUUUGACAUGCUGACAAGUGGACCAGUAGAUUCACUGCCUUUACAUUAGACUACUUAUUUGCAAAUAUUGUCUCAGUACAGCCUAGGGAAAACCACUAUCCAUGUUCACAUCAUCCCACGUGUUUGAGUCAUGCUUCAGUUUUUCAAAGACCCACUUUUCUGCUGUGAGGCAAGAAAUAUGAACAUUUGCAGUAAUGUUACUGCACUGACUGCAAAGGCAACUACCUUGCUAGAACAGAUCCCCUCAAGACUGAAUUUUAUAUUGCUCCAAAAUAUUGCUCCUGAAAAUCUGUGGAGCAAGGAUGUCUUGCAACAGUUGAGAAUCAAGGGUGAUGACAUACCUUUGGGAGUUUCUCUGUAGAAUCUUUCCUAUUUCGAGGGAUGCUGUGUAAGGAUUACAAGAGGAGUCAAUUUGAAAAUUGCUUGCUGGAGAGAUCAUGAAUCCCGGAGGAGCAUGGCAAUUUAUUUUGCUCAAUGCCUUUAGCCACAGCAUGCUGCAGUCAUCAAAAAGUAAAGCAAGGAGUCCCCAGAUGGCCUCCCCACCUGCACAGGGCCAUCUCUAGUCCCUCCUCAACCAAGAUCCAAUCAGUUGUCAUUCUAAGAAAGAUCACAAGCUGGUUUGGGGACAAGGAAGGCAGAGACCUUCAUAACAAAAUCUAUUGUUCUGUUGGCUGCUGUCUUUGGAUUUCACUUUUUUCUAACUGGGCUGAAAGACCCAUAAGAGCUCCACUUGGCUGACAGAAACAUAAGUAACAGCACUUUCACUUUCUCAUGCUGUUCUUCACCUCUCCUGUCAGUGCAGUCUCCACCUCUAAGAGAGCCCUGCCAGAUCUCUGCUGUGAUUAGAUUGCCCUGAAAUGAUGUGGCCAAUGACUGUGGGCUGGAUCUCUCCAUCACUGAUACCGUCUCAGUUCUUGCCAAGCUGGCUUCUGCAGCCAAGGAACAGAAACUGCAUAGACAGUAUUACUCCUGGCAAGAGGAAGCACCUCUGUGGAAAAGGACAUACAAGAAAAUCACAAAGGUGCUGUUUUAAAACAUAUGUUGCAAAACUCUGACAGGAUCCAGAUGACAUGCUUGCAAAGGUACCCCAAGUAAUGAAGUGCUGAAUUUACAAGUGUCCAGUGCAGAGACUAAUAGAGAUCGUCUGGUCUAGUCCUCUAGAAGGGACCUCUGGAGAUCAUCUGGUCUAGUCCUGCUCUACAGGUGUGGCUCAGGGAAGACUGAAUAAAACCAUCAUGGAAAUAGUUAAAGUUGAGGUGUGUCUCAAUCUCUUGCUUGAAAACAAGCAUCCCAAGCUGGCCAUGAGAAGCCUCAUUCAUGGCUUUGGACUGCAUGC